UGUGUGUGUGUGAGUGUGUUUGUGAGUGUGUGUGUUUGUGUGUGUGUGUGUUGUGUGAGUGUGUGUGUUUGUGUGUGUGUGUUUGUGUGAGUGUGUGUGUGUGAGUGUGUUUGUGAGUGUGUGUGUUUGUGUGUGUGUGUGUUGCUACCUAACCUGUUUGUUUCCAGGAUUGUUGUGACACUGUAGCAGGGUGGGAGAUCUUCCCAUUUAGAGGUGACCCUCGUGGCUAUGUCGUCAGCUCUGACCCGCCUUCUGAAAUAAGGAAAUAUCUACCAGGCCCAUAUCCCAUUUUUAAAAAAAAGCAGAGCAGCAAAUUUGGAAUAUUGUGAGCAAUCUCGGGCCCUGUAUCUAAGGAAAGAUGUGCUGGCCCUGGAGAAGGUCCAGAAGAAUGAUCCCAAGAACGAGAAACUUGAUAGAUGAUUUGAUGUCUCUGGGCCUAUAUUCAAUGGAGUUCUGAAAGUUAAAGGGGAAAAGAAAGGGAGGAAAUCUACUGAAUACUGGAAGGCCACUAGCAUGGAUGUGAGAGCACAUUUCUACCAGGAGGAGAGCCUCAGGCUGAGGGAACAGCCUCAGAUUAACAGAGAGAAGCUGUGGACUGCCCCGGAGAUCCUGCGGAUGGAGAGCCCUCCCACAGGAACACAGAAGGGAGACGUGUACAGUUUCGGCAUCAUCCUGCAGGAGGUCGGACUCCGGAAGGGACCCUUCUUCAUCGAGAGCAUGGAGCUGAGUCCCAAAGAAAUUAUCGAGAAGGUGAAGGGUCACAAGCGGCCCCCCUUCCGCCCGAGCACAGACACGAGCUUGGAGGAGAUCAGUCUGUUGAUGCAGCGCUGUUGGUCAGAGGAUGUCCUCGAGAGGCCUGACUUCAACCAGAUCAAAGUCCUCCUGCGUAAACUCAACAG